AUGCAGAGUCUACUGAGCCACCCCGUGCCCCGGCCAGUCCCUGUGCUCAGGCUGCCCCGGGGUCCUGAUGGCACAAGCCGAGGCUUUGCCCCUGAUGGUCGCAGGGCUCUCCUGAAGCCGGAAGCCCUGGAAAUGGAGGAGUCGCUGGAGUCCCAGGAACAGCAGGCCCGUGCCGCCCUGCGGGAGCGCUAUCUCCGAAGCCUGUUAGCCAUGGCCGGUCACCAGGUGCGCUUCACGCUGCACGAGGGUGUGCAGGUGACGGCAAGGUUUGGAGCCACUGACUUGGACGUGGCCAACUUCUACGUGUCACAGCUGCAGACUCCCAUUGGUGUGGAAGCAGAGGCGCUGCUGAGGUGCAGUGACAUCAUUGCCUAUACUUUCAAGCCCUGA